AUGUCUUCACUUGUAUUUUCAUUGGUCAAACAAAGUAUAUGGCUUCUGUAUUCGUUAAUACUCAUGCAUUACUCGGGAUGGUUGAAUGUCAUGCAUCAGCAUUGGGAAUGCCCGAAUAUUGAAAUUCUAAAUUUGGAUGCAAUAACGGUCGGACAAGAUGAAAAUAUUUCUCUGUACUCGUCAUCAUUCAAUAGUUUCAAUAGAAAUGAGUAUUUAGCUCUUUAUUACAAAAAGAAUUUUUUGGGACUAUUUGGAAUUCAAAAUCCUUCUUUUCAUGGCACAGCUCCAACCACAUCCUCAAUGACAUUUUUAAGUGACGGCUGGUUACUAAUUGCCAGCUGUAUUACUAUUCAUGCGAUUCGAAUCUUUUCGUUUGGUUUCUUUGUUUACAGUGCCAUUGGUUCUGUCAUUAUUAAAAAAUUGGAAUGGAUGGAAGAAUGUCGAAUUUCUCAUCGAUACCUUAGACCAUUCCUUCAAUUCAUCACUCGUAACUGUACCGUUCCAUUAUUCCUUCAUCUUCUUUUUUUGAGCUUGUAUUUGCUGCAAAUUUCAUGUCAAGUAUUUUGUUGGGAAGGUUCGACCUUAUUGGAAUUUAUUUUGAAAAAUUCGUUAUUUGGAAUGUUCGUGUUGGUAUUGUUGGAAAUUCUGAUCAUUUCCUUGUUGAGGAGAGUGUUGAGAGGCUCACCUGAAAAACCAGACGAGCAGUGA